CAGAAAAACUGAUAUACCCUCCGCUACGAUUUCUACGAGAGAGAAGGCCUUACCAAAAUGUCGUUGACUGCAACUUUUCAAAUGGGGCGGAUGCUCUCUCCCGUCCUCAGCCGCCGGGUGAUAAACGCUUACAAUCCUCAGCUCUUUUCAAUUAAACCUGUGUAUCUUCGCUUCGGAUCUUCCAUUCGCCGCGCCGCCUCCACCACCGCCAUGGGUGACGCCGUCGCCGAUGCCAACAUGGACGCUGUCCAACGCCGUCUCAUGUUUGACGACGAGUGUAUUUUGGUAGAUGAAAAUGACAGUGUCGUUGGUCAUGAUACCAAGUACAAUUGUCAUCUUAUGGAGAAGAUUGAAUCCCAGAAUUUGCUUCACAGAGCCUUCAGUGUUUUCUUAUUUAACUCAAAAUAUGAAUUGCUUCUUCAGCAAAGGUCUGCGACAAAGGUCACCUUCCCUUUGGUGUGGACAAACACCUGCUGCAGUCAUCCUCUCUACCGAGAGUCUGAGCUUAUUGAACAGAACGCUAUUGGGGUAAGGAAUGCAGCACAAAGGAAACUUCUUGAUGAGUUGGGGAUCCCUGCAAAGGAUGUCCCAGUUGACCAGUUCACACCAUUGGGUAGGAUCCUUUACAAAGAACCUUCUGAUGGGAAGUGGGGAGAACAUGAGCUCGAUUAUCUUCUCUUCAUCGUGCGGGAUGUGCGGGUGCACCCGAAUCCAGAUGAGGUUGCUGAUGUUAAAUAUGUGAAUAGAGAAGAGCUAAAAGAGAUAUUGAGGAAAGCAGAUGCAGGAGAGGAUGGUAUAAAGCUAUCUCCUUGGUUCACAUUGGUUGUCCAUAAUUUCUUAUUCAAAUGGUGGGAUCAUGUUGAGAAAGGCUCCCUCAUGGAAGCUGCUGAUAUGAAAACCAUACACAAGUUGACCUAAAGGGCGUUUUGUCUGUGCUUCUGUUGAACCCUGCCUCCUUCACCUUUUUUGGCCUGUCGCUCUACUGCAUUUGGGUAACUUUAAUAAUUGAUAGAUACUCGGCUUAUUAUCUCAAUGAGCGUUCUUCAACUGUACCCAAAAAUAAAAAUAGCAUGAUACGGACAGUUUCAAACCUAGAUUAUAUGAGAUGUACUUUAAAAUAUAGGCUAUUUUCGGGGAAAGAUGUUGUGUGUUAGGACCAUAGGCUGAAACCUGUAAUCAGCUUUUAUAAAAUAAAUACUGAACUCUUAAAUCUGGAAACUUGUUGCUUGCGGUUGUUAUUUAACAGGUUAUUUCAUU